AUGCAAUACUCCCAACUACUCGCUUUAGCUUCUAUUGUCGCUGUCACCACUGCCAUUUCCGGUGAAGGUGGUGCUGGUGGUGGCUCUUCUGGUGGAGACUCCUCGUCUGGUGGUUCUUCCGGUGGUUCUUCCGGUGGUUCUUCUGGUGGUUCCGGUGACUCCUCGUCUGGCGGUUCUUCUGGUGGCUCCUCUGGAGGUGACUCUUCUUCAGGUGGCUCUUCUGGUGGUUCUUCUGGAGGUGACUCUUCUUCAGGCGGUUCUUCCGGCGGUUUGGGCGGUUCCUCCGGUAACUCUGGCUCAGACUCUGGUUCUGGCGGUGCUGCUGCUAGUGGUGCUGCUGCCAGCGGUGCUGCUUCUCCAUCUGGCAGCGGUUCUUCUGGAUCUGGAUCUGGUGGAUCUGCUGCUUCUGGAUCUUCUGACUCCUCAGGCUCUGGUGGAUCUGCUGGCGGCUUGUUGGGCAGCUCUUCGGGCUCUGGCUCUUCCGGUUCUGGUUCUUCCGACUCUUCUGAGUCUGGAUCCUCCGAGUCUGGCUCUGGCUCUUCUGACUCCCCAGCUUCUGCUUCUCCAAGCAAUGGUGCUGGCGCCAAAACUGCUGGCGGUGCUGUUGCCGUUGCUGCCAUUGUUGGCAACUUGUUGCUCUAA